GAUAUCAUUAACCAUAAAACUAUGAUGGCUAUUUUUCUUCUUUGACAGGGAAGAUAGUGUUUGCUGCUCCUUCUCGACCACUUGUCAUGCAGCAAAUAGAAGCAUGUCAUAAUAUUGUUGGAAUUGCACAAGAAUGGACAAUUGAUAUGACAGGUCAGAUAUGUCCGAGAAAAAGAGCAAUCUUUUGGAAGACUAAACGAGUUUUCUUUGUUACUCCUCAAGUUUUGGAGAAGGAUAUUCAAUCUGGCACAUGUUUGGCAAAGUACCUCGUGUGUUUGGUGAUUGAUGAGGCUCAUCGAUCAUUGGGAAAUUAUUCCUAUUGCGUGGCAGUUCGUGAGUUAAUGUCCAUGCAAGUGCAGCUGAGAAUAUUAGCUUUGACUGCAACACCAGGAUCAAAGCAGCCCGCUAUCCAGCAAAUAAUUGACAACUUAUAUAUAUCUACACUUGAAUAUCGCAAUGAAAGUGACCAUGAUGUUAGUCCAUAUGUUCACAACAGAAAGCUAGAACUGAUUGAGGUUCCACUGGGUCGAGAUGCGGCUGAGGUAAAUAAUCAGUUGUUAGAAGUAAUUCGUCCUUAUGUGGCCAGGCUUCAUGCAGUUGGACUUAUUCAGAACAGGGACUAUCAGACUUUAAGCCCGGUUGAUUUACUUAAUUCAAGGGAUAAAUUUCGUCAAGCACCUCCCCCGGAUCUUCCACAUGUUAAGCAUGGAGAAGUUGAAGCAUAUUUUGCAGUUCUUAUUACACUUUACCACAUACGGAAGCUGCUUUCAAGCCAUGGAAUAAGACCUGCAUAUGAGAUGCUGGAGGAAAAGUUGCGACAAGGGCAUUUUUCAAGAUUGAUGAGUAAAAAUGAAGAUAUAAUGAAAGCAAAGCUUUUAAUGCAACGGAGUUUGUCUCAUGGUGCACCAAGUCCAAAAUUGUCGAAAAUGUUAGAAGUACUGAUUAACCAUUUCCAAACAAAAGAUCCACAAGACUCCAGGGUGAUUAUCUUCUCAAAUUUUAGAGGAAGUGUCAGGGACAUAAUGAAUGCAUUAGCAAAUAUUGGAGAUUUAGUCAAAGCAACAGAGUUUAUCGGUCAAAGCUCAGGGAAAGCAUUGAAAGGCCAGUCUCAAAAAGUUCAACAGGCAGUUUUGGAGAAAUUUCGAGCUGGUGGCUACAAUGCUAUUGUUGCCACAUCAAUUGGUGAAGAAGGCCUGGAUAUCAUGGAAGUUGAUCUUGUAAUAUGUUUUGAUGCAAAUGUUUCACCUUUGAGGAUGAUUCAGCGGAUGGGGAGAACCGGAAGGAAGCAUGAUGGACGAGUUGUAGUUCUAGCCUGUCAAGGGUCAGAGUUAAAGGGCUAUAUGCGAAAGCAAGCCAACAGCCGGUCUAUAAAUAAACACAUGCAAAAUGGGGGAAUGACUAGCUUCAAUUUCCAUUCCAGUCCAAGAAUGAUUCCUCACAUCUUCAAACCAGUAGUCCAAUUUGUUGAGCUCUCGAUUGAACAAUUUGUUCCUCGUGGAAAAAAAGUGAAAGAUGAUCAUGUUAUUGAGACACCUUCUUUCAGGGAAAAAUUAACUGUUGCAGAGACUGAUUUAAUUGCCAAGUAUUUCCAUCCUACCAGUGAGAGCACUUGGCGACCUUCACUGAUUGCCUUUCCUAGCUUCCAAGCAUUUCCCUCCAAAGUAUGUAAAGUAAUGCAUUCUUGUAGAACAGAGAUGCUGAUAGAUUCCAUGCAAUAUUUGCAAGGCUUAACGUUUCCGGGAGGCAAUGGGAAUUUAUUUGUUGAGGAUGAAGUUUCUUUAGGUGAUUGCUUUGGAGCUGGCAUUAUUGAGCAACAAGACAGUCAUAGCAAAGAUUUGCUAGUUUUGGAUAAUUCUCCAACUGCCAAUGCUCAAUUAGGAGUAACAGAUUCUGCAGAAUCAUCUAUGAGGACUUUAAGAACUAAGGAGAAACAUAGUAGGCCAGAUUCUGGAUGCAGAAGUCCCCAAGCACAUUCCUACCUAUUUGAUUCUGAUUUUGUCUCUGUUGAUGCUCUUGGAAAGGUCCUAAUUUUAUAUGUUCCUUCGCUUUAUUUUGAAGAUGUAAUGCACUCUAAGCAUGUAAGUCCGAGCAUAAAAGAGUUGCAAAGUUCUUUGAAGCAAGAUACUAACCAUGUGAAGACUUCAGAUGGAAUUAUGCGAACUGAAGCUGUUCUAAACAUAACAGAUCAGACAAAAAGCAUAAAAGUUGAUGCUUUAUCGACACCUGGGUUUUGUGAAACUGAUUCCGAGAAAGAGACAAUGCUAGAUGGAGUAGAAAAAAUCCCCAAGACUCCAGGUGGCACUUGUGAAAUGGCUGACGAAGGUUGCAUUGAUCUCAGAGAUACUGAACUUAGUCCCCGUCUAACUAAUUUGAUGAAAAUAGGCGUUGUUCCAGAGUCUCCUAUAACUGAUAGUGGGAUUUUAAAGCCGAAAAUAAGAAAUGAGUCCUUAAUUCUAGAUGCAUCACCUCCCAAAUUGUGCACUGAACUGCUUUCAAGAUCUUCGAGUCCAGUGGAAAAUGAAGGGGGCGUUAUGGACAAUAGCCCCAGUGAAAGAAAAGUCUCAGUCAUGAAAUAUGAAAUGAUGCCUUCACUUAAGAUGAACCCUGUUUCUAGCACAAGAUGUAGCCCUGUUUCUCCACUUGUGGUGGUAGCCAAAACUCCCUCGGCACCCCUUACAAACAGUAGUGGUAGUAAAAGUUGGCACUUAAGUUCUGAAAAAAGAGUAGAGACAGUUGAGCAUGCACGGAGAUUAAAAAGGUUGCGCAAAGUUGGGGAUUGUGGAAAAGAUAAGAGCUCAAAAGGCAUGAAGGAAAAUUAUUUUGUCUCUGUAGCAAAGCGUGCCGAAUCUUUUUCUGGUGCUAGUCGUAUUCAAACAAAGCCUGGUAGAGGUAAAAAGAAGCCAGUGAAUGAUGUCAGAACGUUCAUCGAUGAGGAAGCAGAGGUGUCUACGGAAGCCGAAAUCUCUAGUGAAGAAGAUGAUGAGAAUGAAUGGUAUGAUGAUAGUUUCAUAGAUGACAGGAUAAAUCCUACUGCGGGCAGUACCCAGACCGAAUCUGGUAGAGUUGACAUGAUGGCAAUUUACAGGCGUUCCUUGCUUAGCCAAUCACCAAUGGUAAGGCAGCCAACUUCUGCUUUUAGUCCCGACCCUGUCGCUUCCACGAGCAAAGAUAAUGGAAGUGGGUGUUCCUCGGGUAAGACAUUGUAUUGUCUCCAGGUACCUCAACCCGAGUCCAUAAAUCAGCCUGAAAGGAAGCAUAUGGAAUCGUAUCAAAUAGAGGAGAGGAUCUCCUCGGUAUCCAUGCCUUGCAGAACUAAUGAUUCUGCAAUAGAAAAUGAGAGUAUGCAAAGCAGAAAGCGAAAGUUGAGUUUGUUCCAGUUGGAGUCUAUUCCUGCAAUUAACUUAGACCAAGAAUUCUCAUCGCAAUAUGAGGUUGGAGGCAAAGAACUAAGAAAGGUUUCUCAGCAGCCUCAAGUCAGUGGUGAUGAUGAUGAUGAUGAUGAUGAUGAUGAUCAAUUUUAUGCAAGUCUUGAUCUUGAUGCUGUGGAGGCACAAGCUACCUUGCUUCUCAAAAACAAGUCAUCGGAAACAUCAUUGGAGAAGCAAGAGACAAUUGCUCAAUCAAACCCGCAAAAUGGUGGCCCUAAGGAUUCUCCAUCGUUUGAUCUAGGGAUAUAGUAAUUGAGGUAAAAUAAUUAACUACUCCGUGAAAUUGCUCCUGGAAAUAUUAGUACAUGGAAAUGAUUUAUUUUGCAUGAUUAUUAUUAUUAUUUUAUUAUUUUUGGAUCAGGAUUUUGGAAGGUGUGGUGUAAUCCCUAUCCCAUUCGGAUAAAAUAUAGGGGUUUUCUAUUGGGUACGGAUAAAAUUGAUAUCUCUAAUGUAAUCUAUUGCACAGUUUGUAUAGUUUUUGUGUUCAAAGGAGAAAGGGAUGUAUUUAUGUAUAAGAAUGUCUAACCAAGAGUAACGAUUUUAUAAUGUAAAUUUCAUGGCUGAGCAUUUCUUCUUUGCCAGUAUUUGACACUUUCCAAACUCAGUCUCCAUUGUUUCACUUGUUUUCAACCAUGCCUGUUAUGCCCAUAA